UCCACCGAUCCACGUCUUGACAAGAAGCGUAUCGAAGAGGCCAAAGGGGGUUUGCUUGUCAAUGCUUACCGCUAGGUUCUCGACAGCCACGAUUUCCGACAAUGGUAUGACCGGCCAGAUAGCCGUCUUCUCUGGAUCAAAGGCGAUCCUGGUAAAGCUACCGACUCACGCAUUAACAACGCGACUGCCGUGCUGCGUGGCUUGAUCUACCUCCUUAUCCGCUAGCAACCACGUCUCCUCUCCUAUGUUCGGAGAUAUAUCGACGCGGGGAAGUCGCUAUUUGAUAUAAAUGCGUGGGCUGCCGUGUCUGAUAUUUUAGGGGAAAUGCUAGAAGAUCCGAACCUGAAGGCAACCUACCUGGUCAUUGACGCCCUUGACGAGUGCAUUGCCGACCUGCCAAAGCUUUUAGACUUCGUCGUCCGCAUCUCGUCCGACCGUGUGAAGUGGCUCUUAUCAAGCCGGAACGAUGUCACUAUCGAAAAGAAGCUGAAGUCUGAUGAUAGACAGACGAGACUUAGUCUUAAGCUAAAAGCAAAUGUGAUGCAGGUAUCUCACGCUAUCAAUAUGUAUAUUGACGACAAGGUAUCCAAUCUCGAGCCGCUUCAGGAUAACACGCUGCUGGAAGAUGGAAUCCCACUUAAAGAUCGAGUGCGGGAUAUUUUACGCAGCAAGGCAGACGGCACGUUCCUCUGGGUAGCCCUCGUCGUACAGGAGCUUGGCGGGGAGGAUAUUGAGAGCUGGCAUGUUCUCCAAAUUGUCGAAGAAGUACCGUUGGGCCUGGACGGGAUGUACGAUCGUAUGUUGAAUGAGGUCAAGCGGCACAAACGGGAUUCGGAACUUUGCCGGCGCAUACUCUCGACAGUGACGGCAGCAUACCGGCCGCUUCACUUGGCUGAAAUCGGCGUCUUGUCUGGAUUACCAGAACAUAUUACAAAAUCGACGGAGAACGUAAAGAGAAUCGUGGCCAAAUGUGGGUCGUUUCUCACAGUCCGAGACAAUCAGAUCUACUUGAUCCAUCAAUCAGCUACGGACUUUCUUCUCGAUAUGGGCACGCAGCAAGCUCCUCGAGACCCCUUCGAAUGGGUCUUCCCGCUAGGAAGAGAGGAUUUACACCACAACAUUCUCUUAAGGUCGCUCAGCGCGAUGUCCGCAGUAUUACGACGUGAUAUGUACAGCUUAGAGAUGCCGGGAUCCUCAAUCGACGAUGUUCAAACGCCAUCCUCAGACCAACUGGCCACGGUACGGUACUCAUCCGUUUUCUGGGUUAACCAUCUCCGCGACUCGAUUUCUAAUAAAGAUACGCUACAACGCAACACACUGGAUGCGGUCCAGACCUUUGUUGAGUGGAAGUACCUUUACUGGCUUGAAGCUCUCAGUUUACUCCGAGCAAUGUCAGAGGGUAUCAUUGCCAUAACACAGCUUAAGGGCAUAAUAGUGAGUCUAUAGCUCCCAAUGCUAGAAUCUAAGACUAACAGAGACAUAGGGGCCCACCGGUAACAGCCAACUUACAAAACUUAUUUGGGAUGCAUACAUGUUUACUCUAGCCUACGGACGGGUAGUAGAGCAAGCCCCCCUCCAAGCUAUAAAGCCAGU